GACAUUAAUCAAUGUUUUGUCUCUGUCCACCAUGAGUUAUGUCCUAAGAAGUCUGAGCAAAAAGAAAGACGUCGACAAUGCAAUCAAGACGUGUGAAGAUAAGGUCCUGGUGAUGAGGUUUGGAAGAGAGACUGACGGAGUUUGUCAGCAACUGGAUGAUAUCCUGGCCAAGACCUCCCAUGACUUGUCUCGUAUGGCUGAUAUAUACAUUGUGGAUGUGGAUGCAGUGCCAGUCUACACAAGAUACUUUGACAUCUCUCUGAUUCCAGCAACUGUUUUUUUCUUUAAUGGUCAACAUAUGAAAGUCGAUUAUGGCACACCAGACCACACCAAGUUUAUUGGCAGCUUCAAAACCAAACAAGAUUUUAUAGACCUGGUGGAGGUGGUACUGAGAGGAGCUUUAAGAGGAAAACUGAUUGUAAACAGCCCCAUAGAUCCCCAAAAUGUUCCUAAGUACAAUCUUCUAUACAAAGACAUCUAACAAUGAUUGAAAUUUUUUUGUAAAUUUAAUGUCUGUAUGUGUAUCUUUCCAUUAUAGAGAGUUGUACUAGCUAGGUUUACCAGGCUUAACUAGCUAUGUUUAGAAAAGUGUAAAUAGCUCUGAAAUGUAGGAUCUGUAAAAUCUUCAUCAUUGAUUGAAAAUAUAUUGAUUUUUUGUAUUUGUAUUUAA